AUGAAUAAGAUAGAGAAAAAGAAUGAAACUGCAAUUGAGAUGAAGCCUUUACUGAAUAGACAGGAACCAAGCACAUCAUAUUCAGUAAGCACAAGACAAAAACAAGAUGAAGACUUAAAUAAGAUUAGUCUAGCACCAGAGCAAUUAUCCCCAGAGGAAGAAAAGCAAGAAAUAAAAAGACGUGCACAAGAAAGAAAGCAAAAAUAUGAAAGAGAGUAUGAAGAGAAAAAGAAGAAAUGCGAAAUGGAACAUGCAGAGAGGCAAAGAGCAAUAGAAGAAGAGGAGAGAAAAAAGAGAGACGAAAUUGACAGACAAACUGAAAUAGAAAGAGAGAAGCAAAGGGAAAGAUAUAAAAUUAUGGAAGAAGUUGAAGAUGAAUGGUCACCUAAAGGACCAACGUAUCUCUUAAAAAAGCUUUAUUCUUUCUUGAACUGGCUGGAUAGCUAUGCCAAAAUAUUCAUAGAUUUUUAUUCAUAUAUGAUAUAUGCAUCUGUAUACAGUACUAUUGGGAUUUUCUCCCUAUUCAUAAUGGUUGUAAAAUUUAAAGUUUCAAACAUUGGGUUUAUUUCUUUAAUAGUGGCUUCAUUUGUUGGUCUUUCACUUCAAUUAUUCUUCACUGACUUCUUAAAUAUAAACGGUUAUAUGAAGGUAUACCAAAAGAACUACUUCUAUAUAGUUUGCACUAUAAGAAUAAUUAACUUUUUGGGUUUUAUUGGUUCAUUCUAUUAUAUAGGUCAUCUAUUACCAUAUGUAUUUGACAUGUUCAAUUACGAUUCCAUACAAUAUUUGUGCCGCAGUUUCUCGUACUAUAUGGUUGUUUCUAUUUUUUCUUUGAGUUUUUACACCUUGGUAUACUUAGGAAUUUCUUUCCUUGAGCAUCUGAAGGCUAUUAAAACUGAGCGAGAGCUACUGAACCCAUAUAUAACAAGCAAGAAGUAUACACGCAUGCUUAUUUUCUUUGGGUUGAAGAAUUUAUUCUGGAUUACAUUAAUUAUUGCACUCCCAUAUAUUCCAAUGCCAUCAGAUGAAAUUGCUAAUGCUGCAAAAAUUACCAAUCCUUGA